CACAUCUCCUAUAUUUAUUUUAUGCAACAUGCAUCCUGCAGCACUUCCCGUGGUAUCCAAACUUUCGGGGAUGAUUCUAUUAUUUCCAUUUUCCAUACCAUGUUCUCCGAAGGACAUUACUAUACACGAUGUCAACUUGUCAUGUCCCCUCAGAAUUUUGGAUUUGAACCACAGAAGAGGUUCGAGUCUUUUAUGUGCAGCAAGAAGGCAGGUUCGAUAUCAAGAUGGGGAUAUUGAUGAUGAUGAAUAUGGGCACAAUAAGGAAAUUGCAAUGUUGGAGUUGUACAGUCAAUCAGCAAGAGAUGAAGUACUCUUUGUUCAUGCCAUUGUGGACCAAGAGGAAGUAGAUGUGCUCAUCUUCAAGGGCCUUUCUUCAAGCUUGAGCUACAGUACCUCCCCAGACUUAACUAGAAGCAUUCUACCAGAAAGGGCAGUGAUAAAGACCAUAGAUAGAAUCAAAGGGCCUUUCGACCCUAACAAUAUAGUGUACCUGCAAAAAGAUGUACCAUGGGAAGAUUUCAAGACAAAUCUGCUAUCUAAUUAAGUGAGUUUCAGUUGCGUUAAUUUUCAGCAACAAAAAAGUGAAAAAAAAAAAACCCAAAUCGGUCAUGAUUUUUAAAAUAGGAUACUUUUUCAAGUUUCAAAAUAUGUAAAAUAGUUCCAUCCGUUAGCUAUUA